CCGCCGCCGCCGCCGCCGCUGCCGCCUCUGCCGCCGCUACCGCUGCCGCCGCCGCGGGAAGGAGAGAAGACGAAAAUCAGAAGAUGGGUAAGAAGAGCCGAGUGAAAACUCAGAAAUCGGGCACUGGCGCUACAGCAACAGUGUCACCAAAGGAAAUGCUGAACCUAAUUAGUGAGCUCUUGCAGAAGUGCAGCAGCCCAACGCCUGGCCCUGGAAAAGAAUGGGAAGAAUAUGUGCAGAUUCGGGCUCUAGUUGAGAAAAUCCGAAAAAAGCAAAAAGGUCUAUCAGUUACCUUUGAUGGAAAAAGAGAAGAUUAUUUCCCUGAUCUAAUAAAAUGGGCUGCUGCAAAUGGAGCUUCCACCGAUGGUUUUGAACUGGUUAACUUCAAAGAAGAGGGCUUUGGUUUGAGAGCAACAAGAGAGAUCAAGGCAGAAGAAUUAUUUUUAUGGGUUCCACGAAAAUUGUUAAUGACUGUUGAAUCUGCUAAAAAUUCAGUAUUGGGGGCCUUGUAUUCUCAAGAUCGUAUCCUUCAAGCUAUGGGAAACAUCACGCUGGCAUUUCAUCUUCUGUGUGAACGAGCAAAUCCUAGCUCUUUCUGGCUGCCAUACAUACAGACCCUGCCCAGUGAAUAUGAUACCCCUCUCUAUUUUGAAGAAGAUGAAGUUCAGCAUCUUCAGUCAACACAGGCUAUACACGAUGUCUUCAGUCAGUAUAAAAAUACAGCUCGACAAUAUGCUUAUUUCUAUAAAGUUAUUCAGACCCAUCCUAAUGCCAACAAACUGCCCUUGAAGGAUUCUUUCACUUAUGAGGACUACAGGUGGGCAGUAUCUUCUGUUAUGACGCGACAAAAUCAGAUUCCGACUGAAGAUGGUUCCCGGGUGACACUGGCUCUGAUUCCUUUAUGGGAUAUGUGCAAUCACACCAACGGACUGAUUACUACUGGUUACAACCUAGAAGAUGAUCGUUGUGAAUGUGUUGCACUACAGGAUUUUAAUGUUGGAGAGCAGAUUUACAUUUUUUAUGGCACCCGAUCAAAUGCAGAGUUUGUGAUCCACAGUGGUUUUUUCUUUGACAAUAAUUCACAUGACAGAGUGAAAAUAAAGCUCGGAGUGAGCAAAAGUGACAGGCUAUAUGCUAUGAAAGCUGAAGUCUUGGCUCGAGCUGGCAUUCCAACUUCCAGUGUCUUUGCCUUGCACUUUACUGAGCCUCCCAUCUCUGCCCAACUUCUGGCCUUCCUUCGAGUAUUCUGUAUGACUGAAGAAGAGCUAAAAGAACAUUUGAUAGGAGAACAUGCCAUUGACCGAAUCUUCACUUUGGGUAACUCUGAAUUUCCUGUUAGCUGGGACAAUGAAGUCAAACUCUGGACAUUUCUUGAAGCCAGAGCAUCCCUUCUUUUAAAAACCUAUAAAACAACUAUUGAGGAAGAUAAAUCCUUCUUGGCGACCCAUGACCUUACCUUUCAUGCAACAAUGGCCAUCAAACUGCGCUUAGGAGAAAAAGAGAUUUUGGAAAAAGCCGUAAAGAGUGCAGCUGCCAACCAGGAGUACUAUUGCAAACAAAUGGAGGAAGGCACCCCACUUCCCAAAUAUGAAGAGAGCAAUAUUGCCUUGUUAGAGAACACCGUGGCGGACUCUAGACUCCCGAUCGUCCUCAGAAACCUGGAGGAUGAGGCUGAGGUGCAGGAGGACUUAAAGAUUGAAGAAGCUAUCACUGAUAGAGAAGUCACAGAAAAUGGAUUUGUAAAUAGUGAAAACUCUAUACCUAAUGGGACCAAAUCUGAGAUUGAAAAUCUAAAUCAAGAAGAAAAUACAAGAGAGACUGAAGAUGCCAAAGAAUCUUCUCCUGACAGUACCAAUGAGGUUAAGCAAUAGUCAUGAAAUACAUCUUGACUUUAUUGUGAAAUUAAAUUUAGCAAAAAUUUAUGAACAAUACAUUUACAUUGGUGUGUUUCCUUGUUAACAUUUCUCUUUCUGCAGAGAGGAAAGUACGUUUUUGCUGCUUUAUAUAAAAUGAUUUUUCUUUUUUUUUUAAGUUAUUUUUAAGAAAUCUGGCUUUUCUUUUCAAAUAAGAUUGCCAUCUUGCUUUCAGGCACAAACACUCAGAAGAAUGGGGUGAAGUAAUGGUGGUAGGGGGUACCCUUUGGAAGAUCUUACAAAUCCAUUGUAGGACAAAUGUAUUUUCUUCCUGAGGAAGAAUUAAACCCUUCUAGCAGUUGUACUUUUAUUGGCCUAUCUUUCUGACAACCAGAAUUAAAAGUCUGCUUUUCCUUCUGACCAGAAAAUAGGAUGAACUGAAUGUUCGAUAUGAAAAUAGAGGUGCAGCACAGUGGAAAUUUGUGUACAAAGAUCAGAAACUUUGGAGAUGGGCAAUUUUUUUUUCUUUUAAAGACAGAAAAUGGUACAGAGGGAAAAUACCUGAGUAGGAAAGAAUAAAAUGUGGUAAGGUGGCAAACUUAUUUUUAAUAGUUUUAAAUAUUAAUGAUAAUCUGAAUUAUAUAUUCUUAGUGAUUUCUUAAGAUUUGUUUACUUUUUGUGUUUUGUUUACUAUAUUAAAUGUGUCCUCCCUCCUUGAAUCAAAGUAGGGUACUAUACUGUACUAUUCACCUAAUUUCAAAAGCUGACUUUUUAAAGUGGUACAUUUGAUUUACAGUCUUGGUAAUGGCAACUUCAAAAACAUAGUCCAACGCACAGUUUUACAGAAUGUUGUUCAAAGUGAGGAUGCACUCCCCUGCCCUUCAUCUUAUUCAGGUUUUCACAAACAAGCUAGAGGUUUUCAAAGCUACGUUUUUGACUACAAACCAUUAUUAAAAGGAAAAUGUGAUUAACA